GCUGAAUCUUUUCUUUUCUUCUUCUUCCAUUUAAUAUUAUCUCUCUCUCUCCUCCCUCCCUCCCCCUUCGCCCAACCUUCUGAUCUGCUCAUUUCUUAAUUUCCAAUAAUACAUAAAUCCAGCUAGCUGGCUAUAUAUGUGUGUGUGUGUGCGCGCGCAUAUGCACACAUAUGGAGAGAGAAAGAGAGGGAGAGAUAGAGGGAGAUAGCAGCAUAUUAUACGUGAAACAUCCAAAACAAAUGUUAUAGUAGUAUGCUUGUUAAAUGCUAAGAUAAUUAUACAUAUUUCGAGAUAUUAUCACAGCUAAGCUAGAGAGAGAGAGAGAGAGAGAGAGAGAGAGAGAGAGAGAGAGAGAGAGAGACGGGGGGUAAUGGAGGAUCUGCCACCUGGGUUUCGGUUCUACCCAACAGAAGAAGAGUUGGUUUUAUUCUAUCUGAUUAACAAGCUUGAUGAGCAUGAGCAUGUGCAGCGCCAGCAGCAGCAGCUCAGCCAGGUUUUCGACCGGAUUAUUCCGGUCGUCGACAUUUACGACUCCAAUCCGUGGGAUCUCCCAAAAUAUGCAGGAGAGCUGUGUCAGCGAGAUCCCGAGCAAUGGUUCUUCUUCAUUCCGAUGCAGGAGAGAGAAGCCAGAGGGGGGAGGCCGAACCGGCUCACCGAUUCCGGUUACUGGAAAGCCACUGGCUGUCCCGGUUAUGUUUACUCCUCCAAUAACCGAGUCAUCGGCGUCAAGAGAACCAUGGUUUUCUACCAAGGAAGAGCCCCGGCCGGGAUGAAAACCGAGUGGAAGAUGAAUGAGUACAAGGCCAUUGAUCAUGGAGAUCAAGCCGCCACCGCUGCUGCUGCUGCUGCUGCUGCCAGCACCGCCCCCCCAGCUUGCUCAGUACCAUCAACUUCCAACGCUGCUCCAAAGUUAAGGCAUGAAUUCAGCUUGUGCCGAUUGUACAAGAAAUCCAAGACCUUGAGGGCGUUUGACAGAAGGCCGGCCGGGUUCGUGGCUGCAGCCGGCGAGGCAGCUGCUGCAACAGUGCCAGCUCAUCAACAAGCUCAUAAUAAUGAAGGUGAAUCUGAUCAUCAGUUGGCGGCAGCUGCGGCAUCACAGCCAAGUACAAGUAGUAGUCCUCCGAGUACUGCAGCAGCGGCGCCGGACAGAGCAAGCUCGCCGGAGAGUUCUCCCUCCGUAGGGGAUUUGGACAAUCCCCCUCCCUUUCCCAUCCAUGCUGAUUUGGAGAUGGAUGUGGACAAUCAACCCUUGUGGGAUUGGGAGCAAUUUAAUUGGUUUUAAUCUAAGAGCCAGUGAAGAGAGAGAGAGAGAGAGAGAGAGAGAGAGAGAAUCUAGCUUGCUACCCCUCUAGCUACUACCUUUCAAAAUAGAGAUGCAUGGGGAGGUCUUAAGAGUUCUAUAGCUACGGACUCACAUGCAACCACCAUUUAAAAUAUAUAUAUAUAAUAUUUUUAUUUUUAUUUUUAAUAAUUUGGAGACUCUAACCACCAUUGUGCCACUUUGGACACUAUGGUGCGGCACCAAACCCAGGUGGUGAAAGUCAUCCGCUCAUUGACACACUCUUGGUAAUUUACUAAAGUAAACUCUGAAAGGGGAAUUGAACUCAUGACUUUGGGGCCACCAAAGUCACAAAUCGUCCUUAGCACUUGAGCCAACUCAGUUGGACAAGAUUAUAUAUUAUAUUAUUAUUUAGGUCGUAGAUCUUAAUUGUUAUAUUGAAAUAAUAAAAUGAAGCUUACCUCUCUCUCAAUUGUAUGGAUCUUAAUGUUAAAAUGUGACAUCUUAUAAAUUGAUGGCGUUGAAUCC